GACUACAUCUCGUGACGCCAUUCAGAUUCUUCCUUUCUGUCGAACUCUUGUGAGUGGAACAUGUCGCAUACAGCAGAACGAAGAAAUGAUGAUCAAUGGCCAGGAGAUUCAAAAAAUGGUCCUAGCGAAAGUGAGCAACCUACAUAUGAUGGACCACCAGGAAUGGAUCCUGAUGGCAUCAUCGAGUCCAACUGGGAUGUUGUUGUGGAAAACUUCGAUGAAAUGAAUUUGAAAGAAGAACUAUUGCGUGGUAUAUAUGCUUAUGGCUUUGAAAAACCAUCUGCGAUCCAACAACGUGCCAUCCUACCAUGUAUAAGGGGGCUCGACGUUAUUGCUCAGGCUCAGUCUGGUACUGGGAAAACUGCGACUUUCUCGAUAUCAAUUCUUCAACAAAUUGAUACUAAUAUUAAAGAAUGCCAGGCCUUGAUCCUUGCACCAACCCGUGAGUUAGCUCAACAAAUCCAGAAAGUUGUUAUCGCUCUAGGAGAUUUCAUGCACGCCGAGUGUCACGCAUGCAUUGGUGGUACCAAUGUACGUGAGGAUAUGCGAAAAUUGGAUCAGGGUGUUCACGUGGUCGUCGGUACGCCCGGUAGAGUUUACGAUAUGAUCAGUCGACGAGCUCUUCGGGCAAAUAGCAUCAAACUGUUCGUUCUGGAUGAAGCUGAUGAAAUGCUUUCCCGAGGAUUUAAGGAUCAAAUUCACGAUGUAUUCAAAUUACUACCCAAUGAAGUGCAGGUUAUAUUAUUGUCUGCAACAAUGCCAUCUGACGUAUUGGAUGUAUCAAAAUGCUUCAUGCGAAAUCCCAUUCGUAUUUUGGUUAAGAAAGAAGAAUUAACAUUAGAGGGUAUUAAACAAUUUUUCGUGUACGUCGAACGCGAGGACUGGAAACUAGAGACUCUUUGUGAUCUGUAUGACACAUUGAGUAUCACGCAGGCUGUUAUUUUCUGCAAUACACGGCGUAAAGUAGAUUGGUUAACAGAGAGCAUGCAUAAACGUGACUUUACUGUUUCGGCUAUGCAUGGAGAUAUGGAACAGAAAGAGCGCGAUCUUAUCAUGAGACAAUUCCGAACUGGAUCAUCCAGAGUUUUGAUUACUACCGAUCUUCUGGCUCGCGGUAUUGAUGUACAACAAGUCUCGCUUGUCAUUAACUAUGAUUUACCUUCCAAUCGAGAGAAUUACAUCCAUAGAAUCGGUCGUGGCGGUCGUUUUGGUCGUAAAGGUGUGGCUAUUAACUUCGUGACAGAAGAAGAUAAACGAACCUUGAAGGAUAUCGAGCAAUUCUAUAAUACGCAUAUUGAUGAAAUGCCAAUGAAUGUCGCUGAUUUGAUCUAAGUCCGACUAUUGGCUAUAAUCCAUUAUAAUAAAAAAAUAAUAAUAAAAAGCAGUUUUGGACAGUCCAGAUGAGGGCGACAUAUUUUUGGAAAUAAAGACCAGAUUUCCUGAUUUAAAAUCGAAGUUUUGUAAAUCGAUUACCUCUCUAAACUCCUUUCAUAGAGCUUUUAUAGGCUCUAGCAAUAUUUUUUCUUUUUUAUACUUUUACAUUCUUGUUGAUAAAAGACAAUGAUCAACUCUUAUAUGGAAGAUUUUUUUUACAUUUGUCAAUAAAAUUCUUUGUAAACACUUAUUAUCGUGUAAACUUCCAUGCACUUAUCGAUGCCAGAUAUUAAAUUGAAAUGUUACAUUGUGAGAACUUUUGUAUCGUGUCUUUACAAAAAAUAAUUAAAAAUAAUGCGAUAUCAUACUCUAUUGUCGUCAUUAAACGUAAAUUUGCAAAAAGUGUUAGUAAUAGUUUUCGAAAAUUUGAGCAAAUAAAAGGAAAUUGUAUAAGCACUUAAGCACCUAGAAAUCAUUUUAUAAUCAAUUUUUUGACUGUAUUAACAUUAACUUUAUUUGCUCAUGUAUUUGGGAUGCAGCUUACAUUACUGCAAAAUCCUCUCGAAUUUCCGAAAACUAGUUAUUAAAAAUCUUGUAAAUAUUAUAUAAAUGGACUUUGAAAGAAUAGACUGCCGUGUGUCUAUUGUGUAUUUGUAUAUCAUAUAAAUAAUAUUUAUGGCUGAAAUGAACCUUUAAACUGAUACACAAUAAAAUGAUGUCCUUUAAU